UCAAUGGAGCGUAAACACAAUAUACAUGUAUGACAGUGAUAAUGGAUACAUAGAUGGAAUCAGUUAUAGUGUUUAGUGUAUUGGUAUGGUUCGCCGUUGCCUUGGAGAAACCGGAAGUGGAGGAAUUGUCCGUCCGUAUGCCAAAUGUCGUCGCACCUAAAGAGGAUGCAUUGAUGUGCCAUGCGUCGGAGCUGGAACCUGAAGAGGCAUAUAUAGUUGCGUUCAAGCCUCAUGCAAGCCGGGAUGUUGCGCAUCACAUGAUGGUGUACGGAUGUGGACAGCCGGGGUCCAACCAGUCUUCCUGGGCAUGCGGAGAAAUGGACGACACAUCGGAUAGGUCCGUCUGCGGUGACGGAGAAAGACAGAUCUUGUGGGCUUGGGCUAUGGAUGCCGAAGGAAAGGCAUUUCCUCCUGACGUGGGUUUCCGAGUGGGCGGGGACACGGGGAUCAACCACGUGGUCAUUCAGAUUCACUACACUCACGCAUCCAAACCCAAUGAAACAGACACAUCUGGGGUAACUAUUCAAUUUACGAAGAACAAAUUGACAUACCAGGCGGGGUACUAUGUUCUGUACACAUAUGGAUAUAUUCCUCCACACACGCAAGAUUACCAUUUGGAAACUGCCUGUGACUUUGUUCAAAACUACAGUAUCUUUCCCCUGGCAUACAGAACCCAUGCACAUUCAUUAGGCGUUGUCACAUCCGGUUACCAGGUUCGUGACGGACGAUGGACGGAGAUUGGCCGAAUGUCGCCUCAACUCCCGCAAACAUUUUAUAACGUAACAAAUCCGGGCCUGGAGGUAAAGAAGGGCGACAUUUUGGCCGCCAGAUGCACAAUGAGCAGUGAGAGAGACUUUCCCACAGUUAUAGGACCCAGAAAUGAGGACGAGAUGUGUAACUUCUACAUUCUAUACUACACGGCCCACCGUGGCCGCCUCCGCGUGCAGUACUGUCUGAGGGACGCUCGAACCUUCCACUGGCGCGACUACAUGUCGAACCUCCCGGCGUCCGCGAGCUCCACUUCCGGUUUGCCGCCAUUCACGCGUCACGACCCUCACGCAGCGGUUUCGACCUGAUAUAAAGGAUGACAAUGAUUUGUUGUGAGAAGCUGCAGGGGGAUUUGCUAUUGUAUAUGUUUUGCAAUAAAUCAAACGAGUUUUAGUGAAA